GCAAAAAGCCUUUAAAUAAAAAUUAAUUCCCAUCUCUUUCCGUACACCUUCCUUUGCAGAACAAAACCCCUUUCAAAGUUCCAUUUCUCAACCCAAAUUCUCAACUCUCCCUCUCUCUAAAACUAAUCCCUCAUUUCUCUCUCUAAACGGUUUCCGCAAACAAACCAGCCAACCAUGGCCUCCACCGCCCCACCCGUCCUUCCCAUUUCCAAUGCACAACCCACCGCAACAACCGCCCCAUCCGGCGGUGCCGUCGAAGCCCCCGCCAAUAACCCUGCCUUCCGCGCCUUCAUCAACCACCUCUCCGUCUCCCUUCGCCACGGCCUCGACCAACGCCGCCCCUGGACGGAGCUUGUGGACCGCACCGCCUUCGCAAAGCCCGAAUCCUUCUCCGAAGCCACUCUCCGUGUCCGCAAAAACUUCUCCUAUUUCCGCAUCAACUACUACGCCGUCGUUUCGGUGAUUCUCGCCGUUUCGCUCCUCACGAAUCCUUUCUCUCUCAUCCUUCUCAUCGGUCUUCUCGCUUCGUGGACGUUCCUUUAUCUCUUCCGACCCACCGAUCAGCCUCUCGUCCUUCUUGGCCGCACCUUCUCCGAUUUCGAAACCCUCGCACUUCUCGCCGGACUCACCGUUUUUGUCGUUUUUCUGACCAGUGUUGGCUCCGUUCUUGUUUCUGCUCUCAUGCUUGGUGUCGCUGUCGUUUGCCUCCACGGCGCAUUCCGCGUCCCCGAAGAUCUCUUCCUGGACGAGCAGGAAAACUCUCAGUCAACCGGAUUCCUGUCCUUCCUCCGUGGCCCUGCCGCAGCUGCUGCCACCGCUGUUCCCUCCGUCGCUGCACGCGUUUGAUCUCGGAUCCAUCAGAUCUGGCAUCGGUGACGGUGUCUUUCUCCUGAUCCGGUGAAUUUUGGUGCUCGGAAGCGAAUUCAAUAUGGAAAUGUAACUUCUCUAUCUUUUUUUGUUUAAAUUCCUUUAUCUGUAUUAACAAAUUUGAUUAUACGUAGGUGAAUAUGAAUUAUGAUGAUAUUUGUAUGGAUAUUUGUUUUUUAUUUUGUUUUACACAGCAUUUGCAGAUCUUGUUGAUGGAUCUGUCUGUUAAAUUUCCCU